UUUUAUUUACUUCCCAUAUGAACGCCAGCUAUGGUAAUGUGUGGUAUUUGUGGUGUAAUGUGAGGAUGAGAACUCAGGAGAAAGGCAGAAGCCAAGCAGUGGCUUGAUAUUCAUGAACAGUAGAGUUGGAAGCAUGGAAAAAUUGCAAAAGCAAAUUUCUAGGACUCAGCAUAAGGAAAAGGAGACAGACAUGGAUACUAUGAUCAUCCCACCAAUCAGAUCACUGCUAGAGAGUGGUCCUCCAAAUCAGACAGUGUUGGCAGCCUACAUAGAUGACCUUGACAGUCAUCUGGAUGAAAAUAGCCGCAGGAUGGAUGAAUGUCUUCAUGAAAUCUUGAAAACCUGUAAUCACUUACCUGGAAAUAAACAGUUUGGUAGUCCUAAGGAGGCAGUUAACAAUGUUAUCAGUGAACACAUUAUUGAGAAGGACUCCUGUUAUGAUCCUGAAGCAGAAGAUGUGCUCACUAUUCUAAGUCAUGUUAUAUCUGUUCUAGAAAACCAUCCAGGUAGUGAAGAGAAACUUUUACAAGAUUUGCUGUCCUUAUCUUCGAAAGAGGGAUUGUCACUACCAUGUAAAUCUCAUCAAGGGUCGAAUCCCAUGCAGUCUGUCAACUCAGUCAAUGCUGUUAGUGACAACCUUGAAUUGCAAAUCGCUCAACAGUGGGAUCAGAUUUCUCUCCACUUUCGUCGUUUCUUUACUGACAAGUUAAAGAAGCUUCCAAUUGACAGUACAAAGCCAGAUUUAGAUAUUUUUGAGGGUAAACGAAUUGAAUACAUUCACAGUCUCUUGGCGUUGUUUCCAUCAGAUGAUAUUCUCAUUAAGUAUCAGACACUGAGAUCCCAGCAGUUAGAGCGCUGCUUUGAGACUUUGCUACCAGAAAUUGACUCUGAACAGUAUAGCUCUUUGGAAAUUACCAAAAACUGCAAGGAAUUAUCAGAUAUCAUACUGAACAUGAUAGAUGAAGACUUUGUGAUUUUUAACUCGGGUAUUUUUAAGAAGCCUUUCAAUACAGCUAGGGCCAUGCAUGACAUGUAUUUGGAGAAAUUCUCUGAUGAGAUGUCUGCACUGGUGGAGGAUAUCUGGGAAGAUAUUGAAGAAAUUGUUGAUAAGCCUAGGAAAAGCUCAUCUGGAAAUCAGGUGACUGCUAGUCAGUCCCCAAAUUCUGAACAGGAUGUUCCUGAUGAAAGUAAUUCAAGCAAGAUAAGUCUACCUAGAAUGUACAUGGACUCCAUUUUAGAUGUUGUAACGUCUGUGUUGCACAUUGAAGAACAUGUAGAAAGCCUGCUAAGAUGUGCAGCCUGGGAUCCAGCAGGUGUGUCCAGUAAACGGGUCAAACGGAAAGGUAGUCUCAGAGGUGUGUUGAAGACCAGCUCCAGCCCUGAGGUCCAGAGAAGGCCUCUCAGCUACACUUCAGAUGACAUGUCUUUUAAUGAACACUUCAGCACUUCCUUUGGAUCCAUGCCUUCAAGUCUCUCUGACAGUAUACCUGCCCCCAAAGUUGUGGAAAGGACUCGUGGGGAAGAGAGGUUGAGAUGGGAGUGGAAACUGAUGUUUAAGAAGAUUGCUCCUGAUCUGUCCAAGUACAUGGGGCAACAGAUACGCAACCUUCUGAAAACAACCCUAGACUCAGAACUCAGGGACUGGACCCAAGUUAGGGUUCUCCAUACUGAACCUGUGCCACAGGAACUGUGGGGAGGAAGAAUGGAUUACCCAAAAUACAUUUCUAAGUCUGUAUGGGACUUUAUGACGGAGCUGGACUUUCUGUUGCCCUUUUCGAGGGCUGGCACUGAUGGUUCCAUAUUAAGCUGUGUGAGGUUGGCCUUUGUGGAUGCAGUUAACCUCUGUUUACAGAACUUCCAUAUUCAUCUCACAAAGCUUAGCAAUGAUGUCCCGAGGAAUGCCCCCAUGAAGAGCCUGUACAUUCUGUUGGCUAGCUCUGUGUACAUCAGGAACCACUUAGUACACUACGAGACGGUGCUUACUGGAGAUGAGAGCAGCAAGAAACUUUUCUCUGGUCUGCACAAGAACUAUGUGGAGUUAGUGGAUGCCCUGCACAAGAUGACUUUAGAGAUCCAUAACAACUUCAUGGCAACUAGUGUUCUCUUUGACAUGGAAAGCUACAACUGGAAGGACAACAAAGAAUUUCAAGAGGGUGAGCGGUGCUCCUUUCCUAUACAGAUGUGGAACUACCACAUGCGUGGACUCCGUCAUGAUUUGUGGACCAUGUGUUCACCUCAGUUGUCACAGGAUAUAUUUGGUCAGGUGCUUCACAACUCUCUACAGAUUCUAUCUCAGCGAUAUUCUCACUCCAAGCCUAGCUACCGCAGAACUUCUCAAUUCAGAUCUGACAUUAUCACCAUUUUGAUGUGUGCCAGUGAGCUGCUAUUUCCAGCGUGUAAUUCAGUUUCCAUGUAUCUUGACCCUGGGUCAUCCCAGCUUCCUCACUACAACAUCCACAACCUCUGCUCCACUCUGCUGGCUGACAUGACUAUAGUGGCCUCACCUCUAGAGAUGCUUUACAAAAUGUAUAAAAGAGGUUUCCAUGAACUUCCCGAGCAGCCAUUAUCUGGUGUGUCAUCGCCUACAACUGAAGUCAUUGGUACCAACACAAAUUGGUUGUCAUGGAUACAACCAACCAUUUUUCAGACUGGACAUAAACACUACUUUGACAUGAGAACAACCACUGCUUUGUAUUUUCAUUGUAAACUGCUUUUGUCCCAACCCGAGAUUGACUGGUCAAAAGUGGUUCAGGCUUUCAUUAUGAAGGACUUCACCCUUCCCAUUUUGUUUCUUACUCAAAGUGUAACAAGAGACUCUCCAUCACAAGGCGACACUGAUGAAGUUCUUCAUCACGACAAAGUUUGUGAGACAUUCUCUCUCAUUACUCGGGUCUUGACACAGUGUCCACAUUUCAAGGAAUCGGUGGCAAAAGUGCUUGUACCAGUCAUCAACAGGUGUAAUGAGUGGAAACUGCUGGACGCAAAAACACAGAUAGGACAAGGGUCUGUUGUUCCUGUGUGGGUAGAAACCAUCUUCACCCUGCUGGAUCCCUUUGUACACAGUAUUUUGAAGCCUAUACUAUCUGUAGUCCUGGAUGCCAAUGAUGGCCCGCCAAUUCGUCCCAUCAUGUCUGUUAUUGCAGAUCUACCCUGUGGAUGUAGACCUCAAUUCACAGCUCCAACCAAAUCCAAGAGUUCAGAAAGUCAGAAGGAGAUGAUGGACACUCUGAUGAGACAGAUUGUGGGCUAUAUUGCCAACAAUGUGUAUUCCAUACCUAACACUGUGUGUAUCUUACUGAGAGCAUUACAGGAACAAUGCACAGCUAACAACAUCAAAACACCACAUCACUGUGCUGGACUCAAGAUUUUAGGCACUUGUCUGAGAUUGAGGCUACAAGACAAAGGUUACUUGGAGAGAAUCACUGGCCUCACCUUUAAUGGCAGACAGAUGGACAACUUGAAGUCUCUGGCAGACUGCAUUUACUAUGUGCUAAUCAACAGCAAAGCUAAAAGCAAUGCUACACCAAAACUAGGAGGGAAAUUCUGCAAGGAGAACAAGGAUUGGGUGCACAGUAAAAUCCAAACCAUUACAUCCUACCUUAACAAUAUAAUGUUCGUGGUAAGUGACCACACCAUACUUGAGGGGGCCACCAAUGAAUACAUGAAGCAGCUUUUCACACUGGCAGCUAGUAAUAUUUUGGAUUCUCCAACUGGACAAGCUGAUCUGACAAGUCUAUAUGGUUUGAUUGCUAACAACUUUUCGUGGUUGGAACAUCAAUUUGACAUCCAAUUUGUGUUGCCUCCAUAUGUGACAGAAGACAACCCACAAUUCACUCUGAGAAUGGAUGUGCAGCAUGUAGGAGCGUUUGAUGCUUGUAAAGAGUACGAGAUGAUUGGAUCCAGAAAAUUUGAUCAUGCCACCUUUGAAACAUUCAACAUAAACUGGCAAGACUUGUUGUCCUCAGACUUGGGUAUCAGUGAGUUUGGGUUCCGUUCUCUGCUCUACAACCGACACGAGAUGCAGGAUGGAGCUUACUUGGAGGAACAGGAGAAAAAGCCGGUGGAAACACUCAAAGCUGUGUAUGAAAAUGAACCUAGAGAGCUAGGAUAAUUUAGUUCCCAGAAAGUUAGAAUGUACUUGGUCCUGACACUAAUUAUUGUAAUGAUCACUUCUUUUGAAGAGAAUUUACAAUUUCAAAGGGCUUGUUGAUUUUCAAGCUAUGAGCUUUAGAAUGUAAAAAGUAAUCAAAACUUUCUCCUGUUGGAAGAGUGAGGAUUUGAAAAAGACCCUAGGCUAAAAUUAGACAUAGACUAAAAAGAAUUACAGAGUCCAUUUCCAGAAAACUCAUUACCAGUUAAGUGUUUGUAUAUAUCACUGUACAAUGUAUCUACAUGUAAAUUCAUAAAAAGAAUAAGGUUGACAGUGAAAAUAUCAUUUCUAUAUAUGAUAUAUUUUAUACAUGGAAUACCUUAAAAUCUUUUACUUAUUUUUCAUGGUGUACCAUUCGAAUGUUGGAAGGAAAUGUUAGUAUACUCCUAACUUGGUUUAUUUUGGAAUGAUAUGAAGACUGUUAAGUGUUUAAGAAGAUCUUUAAAGAUUGAAUAUACUCUUGCAUUUGUGUAAAUUUUGUAAUCUUGUAAUCCACAAUAUCCAGACUGUUUAAGGAGAUCUCUAAUGAUUUAUCGCUUGCAUUUGGGUAGAUUUUGUAAUGCAAGGCGUUAGAUAAUCAGAACAUUACUCUUAAUGCUUCCUCUCUGUAGAAUUCAAUUCUUUUGAGCAAGAGAAAGUGUUCCAUAUAGGAACUUAUAUUUGUGGUGUUCUUGUUUUUUGGGGGUUUUUUUUACCCAUAAUUAUUUUCAUGCCUAUCUGAAUUUGAGUGAGAUCCUCUGAACAUAUCAUUUUACAAUUGUCUUCAUAUUUAUUGUAUUUUAUUAAUAAUAGCAUAUCAGAACUACAGUAGCUUCAACAAGUAGUGAGUCACUAAAGUGGCCUAUAUUGUACAUGUAUUCUGUUCCCAACUGUCACCUCUGUAUAUUUCUAAACAUUCUUCACUAUUUGUCAGAUUUUCAACAAUGAUAUCGAUCAUCUUUUGGUAAAUGAGAAUUUUUAAGUUCUUACUCCCUUUGGGCAUUUUGAAUGGGUCUUAAACUCCAAAAGUAGUGCAACCUUUAGAAUUGGUUUUUUUUUUUUAUUGGUUUUUAUUUUUUAGAUAAAAUUUUGGUCAUUGUAAUAGUUUUAUACUUUUCACGUUUUUGACUUCUUCAGAACCAUUGGGCCAAGUUCAGUCAAACUUGCCUUAAUUUGGCUCACUUCACCCUGAAAUAGUUUCUCCAAUCAGAGUGAAUUGAUUUAAUAAUAAAUGAUAUGAUGAUAUAAAAUAUGUAUAUAUGCCAAAAAGGCAGAAAAUAUGCAAAUUUGGAUAAAAACAUGAUUUUCAAAAAAAUUAUUUCAACACAUAUGCACAAAAGACGGAAGAUCUCCACUUUUCAGAUUAUGAUCCUCAAGACCUGGAUGGGGCCACAAUAGGGGUUUCAAAGUACAGUAUUACACAGGGGAAAAAAUUCCUUUUUUAAAAAAGAGGAGUUUUAAUUACUAUUAGUAAUUAUUCAAACUAUUACCCCUAGCCUGGAUUUCUCAAAAUAAACUCAAGUUGAAACUUGGGCUUUACUCAAAUUUUGUCUGCUCAAAUCAAAGAAAACUCCAGCUUAAGUUUGAGAUUUUUUUUCCCGAGAAAUCCAAGCCUAGGGCCAGAAUGGAGCCACAAUAGAGAAUUUCAAGUUUUAUGUCAUAAUGUAUAAUUUUUAAAAAUUUGAUAUGCCAUCAUCUUCUUGUUGUGUAAAUUUAAGGUAUUUUCCCUUAAGGGUGAAGAUCCGUGAUGUUCCUCUAUUCACCCUUGGUGGAUUUAGUCAUUUGAACCAUGUCACCUAUUUGUUAUAGAAAGUGAUGUCCCUUGGCAUUAUACUUAAUUUUUAUCCAAUGAAAAUUUGUCUUACUCUCAUCCUCAAUAGUAAACAUGAUGACCUUCACUGAAAAUAUGCCAACAGAGAAGCUGAAAUUUGUGUUCGGUUCCAUUUAAAUUCUUUGACAGAGACCCAUAAUAGAAGCAUACAGUCACUACAUCCUUGUUUUUUUGUUGGUUUUUUUUUUUUGCAAAAUGACGUGACAUAACCUGCUUGGCAAUUCAACCACGGGGGUUGCCAUUACUCUUUUGGUGCUGUUUGUUGGACGCAGUUUCAUUUGAUGCCCUGGAAUCUCAAGGUGCAUUCUUUUGAAAGAGACUAAAUCUGCCAAAGGUGAAUAGAGAAACACCAUGGAUCACCACCCAUGGCUAACCAAGAUAAAAAACUGUAUUAAUUUCCACUUGAUAUGGGUUAAUUUAAUCAUUAACCAAAGAAAAUACAUGUAUGUAUGUUGCCACCUUUUUUAAAGAUGUUAGACAUAUAUGCACAGAGGUAUAAGUCAACACCAGAAAAUCACACUUUUUCAUUAAACAGCUUAAUAAAAAUGCAUUUUUAAAAAAACUAGUUAGGCUGACAAAAUUUUCAAUUCAUUGUAGACAUACAAUAGAGAAAAUACCAGCAUAGGAGUUAUUGCCCUUGACAGCAUUUAAUCAAUUUAUUUAUAGAUAAUAUAAACUUUCAGUAUCAAAUUGUUUACCAAAUUCUUUUUUAUACCCAUUGAAUAAAUUCCUUUAAAAGAUGUAUUUCUAUCAUGACAAAUCUUAAUUCAAUAAAGAUUUUGUAUAAACUGUAGACGUCAUACGAGGGUGGUGCUACCUUAAGUUGGUUUUCCCCCAAGGCCUUGAGGAGGGCCACAAAAGAGGUUUGAUAUUUUGCACAUAUGUAGAAUUUUUGGUUUUAAAUAUCCUUAUUUCAAAGCAGUCUUCAUAGUAUGGAAGUCUAGUGUAGUGUAGAUUCAAUAUUCCAGAGCAGGCCCUCUGUAGGAGUUUAAAGAUUCGCAGACUUUUAUUCAUAUACCCCGGUAUAUACAUGAUUAAUAAAUACUUUUUAAAUUAAAUUAUACAUUGUUCAAGAUUUGACACACAAAUGAGAUUUAAAGAUUACGAAAGGAUUCUUUUAGGAUCUUUACAACAGUAAUAUAAUGAUAAUACAGUUUGUGAAAAUGAAAUGCAAGCAUCCCUAGAUAUGUAGUGUAUAUUAUAAUAGUGGUCCAAUAGCAAUACUUGAUGUUGGCUUAUUAUUGAAUAACUGUUAGUGUUUCAGUAAGAUCAAUGUAAGAGCAAAGUGGUUAAGGUUAGCGUUGUGGUCUGUGGGUCUCUUGUGUACAAAUAGAAACAAUGACAAAACUCGCAUAUACAGUGCUCCUUCGAUAUAUUGCCCCCCCCCCCCCCCCCCCCGUUAUAAUGCCACCCCCGCUUAUUGCCUGAAAAUCCUAAAGAACAGAUUUCUCCCCCAUGUUAACACCCCCAUUAUAAUGCCAACUCCGCAUAAUGCCAUAUGCCACUGAUUUUCACAACCAAAUGGUCAAAUAUUAUAGGGUUUACCCUCAAUAAUAAUGCCAAUUACCUAACACACAUCAGUAAUUACACCUGUACUUUGAGAGUGGUGCAUGAAGUGUGACAGGCUGGACAGGGUAUUCAGGUGGUCAGGUUAAUUACUAAUAAUUGCUGAAUUAAACUCAAUAUUAUCUAGACAUUUAAACAGAAUGGAACCAAAAUAAAUUUACGGAAUUGAAUUUCUUUUGACUGCUCAGUGAAUUGUCAGUAAUGGUGAAUUCGUUAUAUUGCCACCCCCGCUUUAUUACCCAAAUUCGUCUUGAACAAAAGUUGACAAUUUAUCGAGGGAGCACUGUACAUGCAUGUGGUGGAUCGUAUGGGAGUGGGGAGUGGAGUUGGUCACCAUGGGAGAUUAGUGUUUUGUAGACACGUCUUGGUUUUAGCAUACAUGUAUUUCUUCUGUUUUUUUAUUCAUUGAGAUCUCAAUUGCUACUAUUUUGAAUUUGUGAAAACCCAAGGUUAUUUAUAGUAAUACAAAUUUGAGAUCAGCAUCUUGUACAAUAUAAAGUGUGUAUCAAAUCUAAAACACUCUUUACAAUUAUUUUGUCAAUAUUUGAUAGUCGACACUUUUUGUGAUACAGUUUGUCCUGUUCUUGAAUGUGAGGUACAUAUUAGAAUCCAAAGUGCUUGUGAUUUGUACAGAUAUUGCAUUAUUUGAAUACAAAUUCUAGUCAAGACUUUUCCACAUUUUUUUUCUGUGAUGGUGAUAUUUUUACACCUCUUCCUCAGUUUUAAGUGUUUGUGCUAGGCUGUUGAUAUUUAUUCGCUCUCCAGAUGUAAAUUAUGUUCAUGCAUAUAUAUGCUGUUAAAUUUUAUUCUGCAAUCACACACAUUAAGAGAUGUGUUGAAAACUCUGUCACCAGUUUGGUGUAUUGAUUUUAUAUACCUGUUAAUUAUGUAUGCAUUUCAGCCUUUGUUUUCCAAGUGCCGUCCAUGACAAAUGUCUAUAUCCUUCCAUUGUAUUUAGUAUUUAAGGCUGUACAUGUAUGAUUUGUUUUAGUAAUUUAGUAAUCAAAAUGAUUUUGAACUGAAUGUUAUAUUUCACAAGUAUGAGUACCUACUUUAUAGCCUAAUCGGAAAAUAACAUUUAAAAGAAAAAGAAACGGAGCUGACAUAAGUACUGUCCAUAACUGGAAGUUUACUCUGACUGAGGAAGAAUUAACUUCUUGUAAUGAAAAAAUGUUACAUUAUCUGAUCUAUUUUGGUAGAUCUAUCAGUUGCAGAUUUACACUGAAAUAAGAAAUCUUUGAUAAAAAUCCAUUUCCUUGCUUAUGGUGAACUGACAACUUCAGUUUUCUAAGAGAGAUAAGGGGGCCUAUAGAUGCUGGCAAAAAUUAUUUUUGUUGCAUGUUUUGUACAUGGUUAGCAUUUUUAAUUUUUGAUAUUCCAUAUUGAGUAUAUGUUGUAUUAGGUCUGUUUCUAUUUCAAGUAAUUUAUUUAUAGUCUUUUAAAUUAAUAAAUUAUUCUUGAAUGAAC